AUGCAGUUCAAAACCGUUUGCGCUGUGGCCGCAUUAAUGCAAAUGGCCGUCGCGGCCCCGGCAGGGCUCUUUGGCAACAAGCCUUAUGAUAGCAGACUCCGGGACCGUGCCAUAAGGGCAACGGACGUUAGCAACAGCCACGAGGGUGUCAUGCAAGGCGGCUCACAAAAUCUUGAUAAGCGCACGCCAGCGAGAGCUCCAAAGGGGAAAGUCGACUUGGAAGACGCGGUUAAAGUCUGGGCCACCGCAGUAGCAUGUGGUGAAGCAUAUGUCGCUUCGAAUUGGAUUGAGGCUGAGCGCAAAAAGAAAGGUGAGCCUGCAGAUGCGGGAAAGCAGUGCCAAGAUCAGUCGUCGUCGUCCAAGCACCCGCCAUGGACGAGCGCAUGA